AUGAACGCCAGAGCACAGGUGUGGGCCCACCUGCUGUACAGGUCCUGCAGGAAAUAUGAAACAAAUAAAGCUUCCCAGAUGACAACAGUGAGUAUGUCCCUCUGGCACCUGUGGUGUGGAGAGGCAGGAUGGGUGCCACGACGGCUGGCCUCCAGCCAUGGUCCCUGCACAUGUCAGCAUCAGUGGGCACGGCUUGACAGGGCCACGACGGGGAGGACCGGCCGCACGUCCUCUAUAUCCCUCUCUAGCCUUUGUGUUCGGGCUGCAGGAUCUCCAGGUGCUUUUAGUAAGAUCCCGGCCUGCCCUAACUCCCCUGGCGGCGGGACCGCUCCUCGCUCGGGGCCGGCCAGGGGCGCUGAUCUGGAGCGGACGGCAGGUCGUACUUCUCGCGGCGGCCUGGCGGGGGCGCUGCGAGCCCGGCAUUGCGGGCGGAGUGCGGUGGGGCCGUGCGGCGCCUCCGCCGGCCGCGGGCAGCCCCGGGUCGGUAUAGCGGGGGCAGCGCCUCCCGCGGCUCCUCGCACAGCCCGCGCCAAACGCUCCGCUCUCCGCCUUCGGCCGCGACGGUACUCGGUGCCGCUGCCGGCUGUGCGGUCCCGCGGCCCGCCCCAGCGCCAGCGCCAACCCAGUCUCUGGCUCCGGGGGGUACGCGGCGAGCCGGGCGGCGAGCGAGCGCGCGGAACGCGGACGGCCCCCUGUCCUGCCCCGGUCUCGGCACGGCCGCCCCCGAGGGCUGUGCCUGUGCCGAGAGAGCAGUGUGACAGACACCCGCCGGCGGUAGCGGGAAAGUUGGAAGGGCGGCGGGGAGAGCGUGGGGCAGGGGCCGGCAGCGGGGCGGCACCGCACCGGAGCGCCGGGAAGAGCCGGAGGAAAGCGGCUGGCGGCGGGGCGGGCGACUGA